CAAAGAUGCCGACGCACCAACACGUCGCCCAAUGCCCUCAACUUCCUCUCGAGCUAUGGACCCACGUUCUAUCGUUCAUCACUGAUAGUGAACAUAUUCCCAAGCUCUGGGUUUCAGGCAGGCGCGUAUCUCGUCUAUUUCGCGUGGCCACUGAAGAUGCAUUCCUCAAGACGCAGCUCAAGGUCAACACACGGAUCAAAUUCUUUCCACAGCGUACCGAGUUUUGGCAGGAUGACAAAGCGUGGUUCUUCAACUUCACCAUGUGCUUCGACCGUCUUACGGAAGGCGGAUCACGCGCUGUGUUCAAGGACAUACGUUCUGAGACAUGGCUCCGCGACCAUGGAUAUCCGUUCGACCAGUUCAUGGCGAAGUGGAAAAAGGAAAUGAACAAUUAUACUGGCCUCGACGAUGACUUACCGCUACUGCCAGAGGAAACACCCUGGAUGAUUAUCAAUCGCAUACUUGUGCACGACAGUGGCCUUCCGGGUUUACGCGUUGACUACGACAGCCGCGAGAUAUCUUUCGAGUGGUGCGGCAUGUUCGACAAGUUCUACGGCGAGGAACUGUUUGCCCGUCAACAGACUGCGUGUUAUGCUCGCUCCCACCACGACGAUUUGCAGGAAUUAUGUGACUUGCAUGAAUGUGGCGCUUCAGAGAUUUACGAUGCUACCAUAGAUGUCUUCGAGCUGUGUCGUGAAGAUGCAAAGGACGGCUAUGCGACCGCCCGCCGCCAGCGAAUCAAGCAAUGGCACAAAGAGAAUGAUAGUGGCGUAUUGGCGGCCAUCUACUUCAGAACUAGGGCAUUUGACGAGUCCAAAAAGCUUGAGGACAUGGACCACAGGCGCCAAGUGCUAUGGUUGUGGAAAGAAUACAUUGGAUCUGAAGACCCGCCCAGGUACGAGAAAGGAUGGUGUUGGAACACCAGCGAAGACGAAGAUGCCGAUUUCUGGGAACGUGGCGAAGAAGCACAGCCUGAUGAACCUGAGGAAGGUUACGUUUCCAUCGAUGUAGAUGACGCAGAGUAUUCAGCUAUUCAGGAAGCGGCUUUGUUCCUGAUCGCCUUGCACAAAGACAACAAAAAGCAUGACGAGGGAAAUGGAGAAGAGGAAGAAAUUGGCUGGCAUACUUUUCGGUAUGGGUUUACCGAUCAAUCAAUUUACUUUUAGCGAGAACAGCUCUAUUGGCUGUUGCUUC